AUGCGAGUGGACCAGAUCAACAAAGAGGACGUCAAAGCGGUCAUACAGGUAGUCACUGUACAGUUAAAGAUGAGAGAACAACGUCUGCGAUGGUACGGAUACGAAAUGAGAAGACCACCGAAUCAUCCGAUAAGGGAGGCUAUGGAGUUCGAGGCCCAUUGGAAGAGACCGCGAGGAGCCCUAAAGAAGAGAUGGCGAAACGCGAUCAAGACGGACUUCGCCGAAGCUAAGGUAACGGCAGAAGAUGCCGUAGAUAGAAGGAAAUGGAGGCGGCUGGCAAGAAUGGCGGACCCUGCGACGGCGCGGGAUCAACGUAAAGAAAAAGAAGAGGAAUUUAAAUGUUUGUUUUGGCAAGAAUUCUGCACAAUAAUCUCGAAGUACCAUUAG